GUCUUGCGCCGACCGUGAUUGGUCAGCGUAGGUGGAAGUGUUACAAACGGUGUCAUUCACAAAGUAACAAGAAAACAUUACAAUAGUGAUAAAGAAUGUAAUUAACUUUAAAAUAUUUGGCCUAUUUAGAUCAUUUUCCUGGCAAUUUUACACGCGGAUCUUUUGAAGUUCACGUAAAACCAAUUUUGGGGCGUAUUUUCGGUUUCUUCACUGAUUUAUCAGCAGAUCACACUUGAAAGAUUGGUUUAAAGUUAUAUGGUUUAAAAAAUGUCCUCUAAAAUGGUGGGCUCAAACAACCUGGCACAUGCUAGGAGGAUGGUACAGCAACUGAGAGUCGAGGCCAGUAUUGAGAGGAUAAAGGUAUCCAAGGCCUCAGCUGACCUCAUGCGUUACUGUGGAGAAAACGCCAAAUACGACCCCCUGCUCAUGGGCAUCCCUGCCUCAGAAAACCCCUUCAAGGACAAAAAGCCCUGCACUAUAUUGUAGUGUAACAAGUAUUAAUCUAAUUUAAUUACUUCUACUCAACUUUGCCUUAAGUUCGGCUUUUGCUCCUUAGUAUAACUUUGUGCCAUGUCUUAACUGUAUUUAGCUCUUACAGUAUUUAUUACUGUAAAUAAACUCCAAUCAGUACUAAUUAAUUGCCAUUUUGGUAAUGAUUAGAAUCGAAUCUCAUCUUGACCAGCAUCACUUGUCUUCUGUUUGGUUGUUUGGGCCAAACUGAAAUGAUCCUAUAAAUCAAGCCGUUUAGAUGUUUUAAAUGGGCUUAAGUUCCUCUUUCCACCAGAUGAUGCAUUUAGUUAGAAUUAGUUUGAAAUAGGGAAGUAGCACAACACAUUAUGAUACAAGGAGCUUGCAACUACAUUAACUGAUUAAGACUCACUUAACGUGUGUUAUAUAUUCCUCUAGCAGUACAUGUGAAUAAUGUUAUAGCAAAGGGACUGACUGAAAUAAAUGGAAUGGAAUUUGGAUUUGGAUUAUGAGUCUAAUGUGACUUCUGCAAUCACAGUUUAAGUGCAUGCUGGGUAAAUAAAACAAUAUGGUAAAUCUCACAUCACACAAAUACUGAUUUGUUCUUAAUUAUAGGAGCUACCACUAUGCGCAAAACCAUUAGAGACGGGUUACUGGUGUGCUUUAUAGGAAAGGAGAACUGAUUUCCCUGCACUUUCAAACCCAUGUGCCUUAGAUUGUUCAAAUCAGUACUUAUUACAAAUGAAAAGAUGACAUUUUAUCUGUUGACACUCAGUAACUUUUUGGUUCCAUUUAGAUUUAAAGGCCUUUCCCUUCUGAUUUAAAUGUAUUUUUUCUGUACCUAGGACAUUUGUAAAACAGAGACUACUGUUGUUUGAUCUUGUCUAUGAAUUGAAUGUUUUUUUUCCCAAAAAAGGGCAGUUGUGACAUUCACACCUUUAUUGGGGCAAGCAUCAUACACUGAUGCUGCAACAUCUGUAUUAUUGUGGAGAGAUCAGAAGUUAUGCAGUAUUUGAGAUUCACAACCAAAUACCUGUGACCUCAGUAUCUCUGUGAAGAAAAAAGUUUCCCUUUGAAUUUUUUGGUGUUUCUUUCUAUUCUAAUUUCAGAUUAUUUUUUUUUGCAAGUCUUCAUAACGUGUACUGUACCUUGAAAGAAAGAUUUUAUUAAAAUUGUGAAAUAGUAAAACUAA